GCCGCCUGAGGGGAACAUCUCCAUGGCUCAAGGCCGGGAGCGAGAGGACGCCAGCAUCUCUGCCAACACCUCGUCUCUGUCGGUGAGAUGGGUGCAAGGAUUCCCUAAGCAGCAUGUUCAUUUUGUCAACGACAGCACCAUUUGCUAUCCUUGUGGGAAUUUUAUAAUAUUUAUUAAUAUUGAAACCAAGAAAAAGACUGUACUCCAGUGUAUGAAUGGAAUUGUGGGCGUCAUGACAACUAACAUUCCUUAUGAAGUUGUGGCUUUUUCUGACCGGAGGCUAAGACCCGUCAUCUAUAUAUACAACUUCCCUGGACUGACCAGAAGGACUAAAUUAAAAGGCAAUAUUCUUCUGGACUACACUUUACUUUCAUUCAGUUAUUGUGGCACCUACUUGGCGACUUACUCCUCUCUCCCAGAAUUUGAACUGACCCUCUGGAACUGGGAAUCAAAUAUCAUUUUGUGCAAAAAGUCACAACCUGGUGUGGAUGUAAGCCAGAUAUCUUUUAACCCCAUGAACUGGCACCAACUGUGCUUGUCAAGUUCAAGUGCAGUGACUGUGUGGACCAUUGAAAGAAGUAACCAGGAACAUUUUCUCAAGGCAAAAGAGAUACAACUACCUGUAGAAGAUGGAACAUUCCUUAAUGAUACAGAUUCAAUCUUCCCCCAGUCGUUGCCCAAAGAUCUGAUCUAUGGACCUGUACUUCCACUGUCAACCAUUGCUGGGCUAGUAGACGUAGAGGCAGAGAAUUUCAGGCCUAAAGAUGAUGUAUAUCCUUUACUUCACCCUACUAUGCACUGCUGGACCUCAACAGGUGACCUACUCAUUGGCUGUGAAGAGGGUCAUCUUUUAAUGGUUAAUGGAGAAAGCUUGAAAGUGAAUAUAAUGACCAAGACAGAAGUUCGACCAUUGGAAGAUAAACGAAGUUCUGUCAUCCCACUCACCAUGGCUUAUCAGAAAGGAGGCGUGCUUACUUCUGGAGAUGAUGGCUUUCUGUAUUCUCUUAUUAUUAAAGAAUCAACUUACAGAGUAGAGGAUUUUCUUGAGGUUGAAGAGCCUGUGGAACGCAUGAUAUUUUCUCCCAGUUAUAGUAAGUUGCUGAUUCAAACAGAAAAGGGAUCAGUCUAUCUCUACAUUUACGGUCAAGCGUCAACCUUUAGCAAAAUCUUGGAGGCUUCUGAUGGGAAAUACCAGUCAAUUGACUUCAUUACACCUGGAAAUGAAUAUUUCUUGACACUCACACAGUCAGGGGAGGUCUGUGUUUGGUAUUUGGAGGAUUGUGUUUGUAUGGGCCGGACACAUCUGCAAACACCAGCAACAGUGCUGGCUUGCUCUCCAUCCUCCCUCUCUGCAGCUGUGGGGACUGAGGAAGGCUCAGUCUACUUCCUGGAUGUCCGGGAUGCUGAAGCCCCCGAGGUAGUUCACAAGGCCUUCCUCUCCACAUGGUCCGUGCAGCAGAUCCUUUAUGACCAGCAAGGAGUGUUUCUUUUAGUUGGGACAUCAGAAGGAUAUGUCUUUGUUAUCAAUGCCAACCCCUCAAGUUUAUUUGAGAUUUUUGGAUUCAUAGAGGUGGGCAAAAACAUUUUACAAAUAUCCACAGUGUCUCUUUUGGAAAAUGACAUAGUGGAAGUCAUGGUGCUGUUCAUGCUUCCAGAAACAGAAAGGAGCAAGUUGGAACUGUUCACUCUGCCUAAAAUACUACCACAAGUUUCUGGAAGCUUUGCUGAUGAAAGAGGGAGGCUGAGAGAUGAAUGUAUCCACAAGUUCCUGUAUGAGAUAGAACACCCCCUGUCCUCUGCAGUGUUGGACUUCAGAAGUAAUCGAAUAUAUGGUUUUUGCAGCCACGUACCAUACAUCUGCAGCUAUCAUCUUCCUGAAACAGCAACUAAUAGUGUCUGCAUUCUCCAGCCACUCAAAAAAAUCCAAAGCAAACAGUAUGGACCUGGAAAUCUCUCUCUAUCUCCUCAUGGAUUAUGGCUCAUAACAUUAGAUAAAGGUGGAUUUCUAUGUAUCCGAGAUAUUAACACCUUGGAAACAUUUGUUCGGUAUCGGAGUCAUUCUCACCAAGGGCACGGGAUUCAGUCGUUGAAACUUUCAGUCGAUGGACAAAACAUUUUGGUGAACGGGAAAGAUGAUGGCACCCUUGUCUAUCUAAGAUGGAGGCGAUUUGGAGCAGCCUUGGCAAAUGAAAUUCUCGAAUACUCUCAACAACUUUUAAAUUCACUGAAGAACACCAUGAUUAAGGAAAACGAGUAUUUAGAUAUAACACAAAAUCAGAGUGGAGAGUCAGAAAAGGAAAAUGAACGAAUGCCCAACACUAGGAUGCUAAGCUUUGACUCAUCACAAGAGGAAUUAGUCCAAAGUGAUAUCAAAAAGGAUAUCCCCUGGAUACAGCAAAAGAGCCAAGAGGCCAUCACAAAGGAAAAAAAACUGUUCUCUAAUAAAAGGAAAGAGAUAAAAAAAGGAAUCAAAGCACUUGCUAAAACUGUUCUGACUAUGAUGGAAGAAAAUGAAACAGUAGAUGCUGUUGCAAAGUUAGAGCAGCAUGAAUUUGGUUUGGAUCUUGAUGAACUGGAAAGGCUCCUUGAAGAAAGUGAGGAAGAAGUGGCAAAGAUAAGAAAGGAUGCAGAGAUGCAUAACCUUGCCAAGGCUUAUUUGACUGAACUUAUAAAAGAAGAAUGCUGGAAUUCGAUGACUGUGAAAGGUUGCUCUCUCAAGUGCUUUCACAUCCCCUAUGUGGUUGAGAACUUCCCAAUGAAAGCACGCACAGAAGAAGAGAUGAUAAUAUUGAAGAGAGUUUUGCAGCAAAAGAAGAUUGAAACAGAGUGUCUUAAACGAAGGAAGGAAAUUGUAGAAGUUCAGUCUGCAUCUACCUUGGCUACAAAGCGUCAUGAAGAGGAAGAUGAAGAAGAAGAAGAGAGUGUGGUAAUACAGAAUAAGAACCUGCCUAAUUACCUGCUUGGUAGUCUGAGUACUGAUUUUGGGGUGGAUGUCUCUUUAUUGUCAAGCCAAUUGGAACUUCAUUCCAGAGAAGAGAAAAUUAACCAAAUAAUAUUGCUGAAAGAUAUUAUUUAUAAGGUGAAAACUGUUUUCAACAAUGAGUUUGAUGCUGCAUAUAAACAAAAAGAGUUUGAAAUUGCUCGUGUGAAGGAAAGAAAUGUAAGAAUAAAAGAAAUCAUUGCAGACCUGGACUUGGAAGAAACAGUCUGGCAACCAGAAUUUGAUGAUGAUGAGAGGCCAGAGAGAACCUUCCUUGUUAAACCUAGUGAGAUUCGAGCUCAGAGGUUUGUUUUCCCAUGGCAAAAACUCAAAGCAGAAGUGACUUCUGCCCAGGAAAUGGAGCGAUUGCUUAUAGCUCAGGCUAUCGAAUCAAGACGCCGAGCUCUGAUGGACAUGAUGGGAGGAGUUCUAGAAGUUAAGAAGGAAGAUAUUUUGAAAAUGGUGAUUCCUCCACCUCCUUUCACGACAAAGCCUGAUGUUGUGUGGUCUGAAGAAGAAAGGAAGCAAUUCAGAGAGUACGAGAAAAAAGUCAAGGAGUUAAAUGAAGAAAGAGAGAAGUAUAGAAAGUCAUUAGAAGCAGAACUAAAGAAACUUCAGAACUCUAUACAAGAAAGCACAGCGAAUUUUGAUGAGCAUUUGAAAAGACUCUUUGAAAAGAGAGUGAAGGCCGAUAUGGUUGUCAACCAGGAGGAAUUGAAAAUAAAUAACCUUGUUUUUUCUUUACUGUUGGAUGAAGAAAUAAACUCUAGAGAACUCUGCCUAAAUAACUACAUUGCAAGGAAGCAGGAGGAAAAAAGCAAGUCUACAGAUGCCAUCCAGAAAUCUAGAGAAGACCUGGAUAUGUACAAAGAACACUAUGACAACUUACUGGCUGAAGACAAAGUUUUGGAUCGCAGCUUCAAAAAGGAAUUUUCAGAACUCCCCAGUUAUCAGGUGGAAAUACUCUAUAAACUUUUUAAACGACGACCAAGGCUUCAAAAACAGAAAGUACAAUCAGAUACGACCAGUUUAAUCCCUUUUGGAGAGCGACCAGGAUCUGGGAAAUUGAAUAAGGAAGCCUUUGCCAACUUAAUGAAGGCCAUGGAUGAGCUGGACAAUAUCAAUAACAUGCCAGAAGGCUUGGACCCCUCAGUCUGGGAACAUUUCUGCAUUCUCAGACGAACAAAAGUGGAAAAUGAACAGAAAGUAAAGCAGAAAGGGGCUGGCUUAAUGGAGAUGGCGGCUUUCCUCCGGAGGAGAGCUGAGGAUGAUGAGAAGGUGCAGCAGGACAUUGAAAAAACCUUCCGUGAACUCAUCUUAUUACAGGAAGAGAAAAUAAAAUACCAGUUGGAUUUGACUAUCCAAAUUCUUCUUAAACAAGGACAAGUAGAACUGGAAAACUUCCAGCUAUUACUGGAGUAUCCUGAUGCAAUUCUCAUCAACAAGACCAUAAUUGAAGACUUGAAUUCUGUGAUUCGGACUCAAGGACAAAAGAAAGUUGCUAGCAUGAUGGAGAGUAAAGAUGUCCACAAAGGAAUAUUUCAGAUUGAAUGGGAACAUAAGAAAAUGGAGAUGGAAAUGGAAGAUCUAAACCAGAAGGCUUGGGAUAUUCAGAUGCUGUUUUUCUCAAGAGAUCGUCAAAAGUAUCUAAAUGAACCAAACUAUGACAGUCUGAUUGCCAUUCAGAUUGGGAUAAUGGAACAAACUAUUGCUGUUUUAGAUAAGACCCACAAAAAGAAUGUGGAGAAUUGUAAAAAAAUACUUAAAAAAUUGGGAAAGUUCAGUAAUCAAAAAGAUAUAGCAAAUUAUCAUUUAAGCUGCAAUGUACGAGAGGAGUUGGUGGCAGUCUCAGAAAGAAAAGACAUCUGUAAUGCAGUGGGGUCUAAACUGACUUGUGAGAAGAUCACCCAAGAACGAUAUGAAAACUUGAUGCAGCAACAAAAAUUAACACAUAUUUCAAAAGAACAAGCUCAACAGAUUUCAGUACUGCAGGCUGAAGUUGAAAGAUUAAGGAUGAAGACAUUUCCUGCUCUUAUUCAAAUGUAAAAAUACUGGUGGACCUGUCAAAUUAAUCAUUAAAAACAUCGACUACAGUGGUUUACCUUAUACAUCAAGGAAUUCAAGUGGAAUCUCCUCUUGGUUGCAUUAUAAUAGCAAAUUACUUUAUUUUUAUUUUAGCCUUAAUCAUUAGAAGAAUGUUCUGCAUGAAUAAAUGUAUAAAAUAUG